ACUGGGCGGUGGGGGCAGGGGGCAGAAGAAGAAGGGAUCGAAGUGCAGAAACCAGGCUACUCUGUGCCUGCCUCUACUACACGGCAGCCCGAACUGUGGUGGAGACAACGGCGUCAUGUUGGGCAUGAUAAGGAACUCCUUGUUUGGGAGCGUGGAGACCUGGCCCUGGCAAGUGCUGAGCAAAGGGGGGAAGGAAGAGCUGACCUAUGAAGAAAGGGCCUGUGAAGGUGGAAAGUUUGCUACUGUGGAAGUGACAGACAAGCCCUUUGAUGAGGCCUUAAAGGAAGCAAUGCCAAAAGUUAUGAAGUAUGUUGGAGGCUCUAAUGACAAAGGAAUUGGGAUGGGGAUGACUGUCCCUGUAUCCUUUGCUGUUUUCCCCCAUGAGGAUGGCUCUCUACAGAAGAAACUGAAAGUCUGGUUCCGGAUUCCAAACCAGUUUCAAGCUGAUACUCCAAUUCCCAGUGAUAAAAGCGUUCAGUUGGAAGAGAGGGAAAGCAUCACUGUCUAUUCCACGCAGUUUGGUGGUUAUGCUAAAGAAGCCGAUUAUGUGUCUCAGGCAGCCCAGCUACGCUCGGCCCUGGAAGGAACAGCAAACUACCAGUCUGAUUUCUACUUCUGUGCUGGAUAUGACCCUCCCAUGAAGCCUUAUGGAAGACGUAAUGAGGUCUGGCUGGUAAAAAAGUGAGUCACUGACUCACUGGGUUGCAGUCUUCCAGGAAAUGGGUUUUUUUAGGUUAGCUUGAUGGUCAGCAUUUCUACUGGAGAUUGAAACUCUGAAAGAGGAAUGGAGACACACAGUAUAACUUUCUUCCAAGUCAGUAUAAUAUCAUAUUGUUCCAGACCUGUGGUAUUUUGUUUUUAUUUUUUGUUUUUGAGGUUUCCUUUCUGUGGGUGGGACACUGUACAA